AUGUCUACCUCUGGCCCUUCAUAUCGACCGGCGUCCGGAAAGCCUGGAUCCAAAAAUGACGAAGACGAAACGUUCAAGCCCGUCAACAAACACAUGCUCACUCCGCUCGAGCGGCAACGAUUACAAGUAGAAAGGCUGUUGAGAGACCCGACGAAAGAAGUGCAUCUCCCGAAAGGACCGAGAGAAAAACAGCUUAGACCGCCCAAGGAGAUGAUCAAGAACGUCUCGGGAUCCAGUGCAGGUGCGGGAAGUGGAGAGUUUCACGUCUACAAGCAGAACCGACGGAGAGAAUACGAACGACUCAAGUUGAUGGACGAGAAAGCCAAAGCUGAUGAAGAAGCGCUCGCCUUUGAGACCCGACAGAAGCAGAGAGCCGAGGCCGCCGAUGCUAAAACCGCCAAGAACCGUGCAAAACGUCUGAAACGCAAAGGAGGUGGAAAGGCUGGUGCAGGGCAGGGUGUUGGUGGCACAAUCGCGAAUGGAUCAGGAGACGUGAAUGCGGACGGAAAACGAAGAAAGUUGGCUUCGGGAGGGAUCACGUUCAAGCGGCCUGGAGAGGAAGUCAGCGAUGACGACGAGGACGAGGAGGAUGAACAGGAAGUUCAGCCCCGCAGUUUGAAUCAGGAGGAACGGCCUGAUAUACAGGCAGGGCACCCGAGUGGCGUCAAAGUCGUCGAGACCUCAGCGAUCAUUAUCCGGGAUGAGGAUUGA